AUGGCCAGUCCGAUUCAGUUUGCCUACCGAACCCAGAAGGCCAUCAGCGUGUUCGAUGCUGCGCCUGUCUACGAGCCUCUUCCUGGAUUCGUUAAACCCGAAGGGAACACCCGGUGUUGUGACUACUCUCCCUGUGGCCGCUAUUUUGCAUACGCCUCUAACGAAGGUGUCAACAUUGUCGAUGCCUCCGUCGGCCAUGUGCUGGCCUCCGUGCCAAUCCCAAACGUUCUUGAGCUGGCCUUCUCUCCACGGGGUUCGUUCUUGAGCACUUGGGAGCGGCCUGCUAAAGACGAGGCGGGCGAUGCCACCAAGAACUUGAAAAUCUGGCGCACUGUCGAGGACCUUGACGAGGGAGCUGAGAAGAAGCCACUCGGGUCCUGGGUGCAGAAGUCGCAGUCAGGCUGGAACCUCCAGUACACCACCGACGAACAGUUCUGCGCCCGCCUUGUCACCAACGAGGUCCAAUUCUACGAAAGCAACAACCUCACCGCCCCCUGGAACAGGCUUAGGGCUGAAGGAGUGUCGGACUUCGCGAUUGCACCCGGCCAAAACCACAACGUGGCUGUUUUCAUCCCCGAACGAAAGGGUCAACCCGCCGCUGUCAAAGUUUUCAACGUGCCGCAGUUUACCAGCCCGAUGUCGCAGAAGACCUUCUUCAAAGGCGACAAGGUCCAGCUGAAGUGGAACGGGCUGGGCACAAGCUUGAUUGUGCUGGCACAAACCGAAGUGGACAAGUCGAACAAGAGCUAUUAUGGCGAGACUGCCCUGCACUUGCUGAGUGCUAAUGGCUCCUUUGAUGCACGCAUCACAUUGGACAAGGACGGCCCUAUCCACGACGUCGCCUGGUCUCCCAACUCGAGAGAGUUUGGUGUGAUCUAUGGAUAUAUGCCUGCCAAGACGACCAUCUUCAACCACCGUGCCAUUGCCACCCAUUCUUUCCCACUCGGCCCUCGCAACACCUUCAAGUUCUCGCCCCAAGGAAGGUUCGCUCUGGUCGCCGGCUUUGGAAACCUGGCAGGCCAGAUUGAUAUUUACGAUCUCGAGAAGGAUUACCGCAAGGUUUGUACCAUCGAGAGUGGCAAUCCCAGCGUUUGCGAGUGGAGCCCGGAUAGUCGAUACAUCCUGACGGCAACAACCUCUCCGCGUCUCCGCGUGGAAAACGGCGUGAAGCUCUGGCAUGUGGGCGGUGGGAUCAUGUACAACGAGGAUAUGGACGAGCUGUACAACGUCAUUUGGCGGCCCGCUCCGCUGGAUGGUACUCCUGGAGGUGUCGACCCGCUGCAUCCUGUGCCGACCCCGCAUUCGUCGGCACUCGCGUAUCUGGGGACAGUCAAGACCCCCUCGAAACCUGCGGGGGCUUACCGUCCCCCUGGGGCUCGGGGCACGAUGACACCCUUGCACUUCAAGCGUGAAGACGAGGGUGGGGCGGCUCAUGUGGUCAGCAACGGGACUGCGUUGGUAGGACCUAACGGAUUCGGUGGUCGCGCUCGCCGCCAUGUUCCCGGAGCCGAGUUCACCGACGCUUCCUCAAUACCUGGAGCCGCUCCUGCCGAUGCAGACGCCAACGGCAAUGAAAACUUGUCCAAGACUGCGCUGAAGAACAAAAAGAAGCGCGGCAACAAGAAGGGCAAGGAGGGAGAACCUAGAGCCGGUGGUGAAAUCGGCGGUCUCGCUCCUCCUGGGAGGGAGUUUCGUAACGGGCCUCCCAACGAUGGACGCAGCCCCGAGCGACGAGGCUAUCACCAGCACUCCCGCAGCCAGUCGCGCAACAAUGUGCAAGGUCGCAGCCGCAGCAACACUCAACGUGCUCGCGACCCUAGUCGCCCGGGCCAGGGGCGCAUGAACCACCAGCAAGGCGCUGUACCCACUGGCCCUGCCGCCGGCAACCAGGUGGCCGAGGCUCAGGCCCAGGCAGCUGCUGAGGCGGCAGCAGAAGCAGCGUCAUCAGCGAGCCAGAACCCCAACGCCAAGAAGGUACGCAGCUUGCAGAAGAAGAUCCGUGCAAUUGAAGAUCUGGAAAUGCGACUUGCCGGCGGAGAGAAACUGGAAGACACCCAGAUGAAGAAGAUCGGGACGAAGAGUGCCGUCAUCAAGGAGCUUGAUAUCCUAGAAAAGGAGUAG